AUGGCCUCAGUUUCUAAAAAGUGUGAAGACUCACAGUCUGUGCAAGCGGUAUCUCUUGUAGUUCCACCAUUUAUUGAAAAAGAUCCCGUCUUGUGGUUCAUGAUUUUAGAAGCUGAAUUUACUUCUAAGCAUGUUACUAGUGACUCUGCAAAGUUUAAUCACUUGCUAACACGCCUGCCAACUGAUAUUACUAUAGCACUACGUGAUCUUAUUAUUACAUCUCGUUCUCCUGACCGUUACAAUUUGCUCAAGAACGCUGUAAUAAAGCGUGUUACUCCCUCAGAGAAGUCCCGCCUGCAUAAACUUUUUACUGGUCUACAGCUAGGUUCUAGUAAGCCAUCCGCGCUGUUGUUAGAGCUGCGUGGUCUUCUUCAAGGAUCGCAUAUGGACGAGUCGCUGCUUCGAGAGUUAUGGCUUCAGCGUUUGCCUGAAAACGUACAAGCUAUGCUAUCGCUUGCGAAAUCGCAGCCUUUGUCAGAAAUUGCAGAUAUUGCUGAUGACAUGAUGGAUCGUUUCACCGGACCACCGUGUCCGUCGUCUAGUUCUGUUCGCUCACCUGACGUAGGUUUUACUGCUGACCCUUCGGUCCAAACCAUCGACACCGCUACUCCACCUUCGACUGGCGAGCUCUUAGCAGAGAUAGCCGCGCUACGGCAAGAAGUUCAAAGCUUAAAGUUACAUCGGCACCAACGGGAUUCUCCAUCCCGUUCCCCUAGCCCAUCUCGAAGACGAACACGACGCCCAAUUUGCCGUUAUCACGCACGUUUUGGAAGGUCCGCUAGAAAUUGUAUAAAACCAUGCUCAUUUCCCGUAACGGGAAAAGGACAGGCCGACACGUAG